AUGACGGGUGCCACUGCUCGCGGCCAUCCCGAUAUUGAGAGCAACACGGUGCCGAUGAAGCACCAGGGUGUCAUGGGCUCGCUCGUAGGCACGAUGCGCAGUUACGACAUGAGCACCGACCCCGGCUUCGCCGGCACCGUGGAGAUACACACGUCUUAG